AUGAGACACCCCGUUCUAUUCUUCAAAGACAAAAAGAGCUUCAAACCACACUUGCCUCUAGUCUCACCGGUCUUACCUCGACCAUCCAAACUCUUUUAUCCCAUAUGGAACCACCCUCUACCUCCGCUAUUCAACCUUCAUGCUCUAGUGCACUACCCUCUCAACCUUUAUCCAACCCCAAGGGGUGGCAUCAAUGCUAUCACCUUGAGGUCUGGAACUAAAUUGCAAGAGAGGAGUCUCGAGGAGUCAAGCCCAAAGGAAGUCACUCAAGAUGAGGAUGUGGUUGGGGUAGAAAAAGUCGAAGAGGAGGAUGAGGUACAAGAGGUAGUUGAAGAAGAAUUCGCUCAACCAAGGGAUGGAGUUUCUAAGGAAGGAAAUGUCUUGGAAGAAGCUACUCCAAUUCUAUUUCCUACAUUAGCAAGGAAGACCAAGAAGCAAGUGGAGCUAGAUCCCAAGAUGGUGGAGAUAUUAAAAAAGGAAAGAAUUCAUGAUUUAGAAACUAUUCCAUUGGGGAGCUCAAUUUCUGCUUUGAUGGGUGCUAUACCGGAGAAAUAUGGUGAUCUCAGUCCUUGUCUAGUCACUUGCACUAUAGAUGGUGUACAAUUUGUUGAUUGCAUGUGUGAUCUAGGUGCUUGUGUUAGCAUUAUGCCUCUAUCUGUUUAUGAUACAUUGAAGUUCCCACCAUUGAAACGGUCGACGGCCCGAUUUGUUUUGGCGGAUAAGAGCAUAAUAUCUAUGGUUGGUAUUGCGAAAGAUGUUCGAAUGGGUAUAAAGGGGUUGGUCUUCUCGAUUAAUUUCCAUAUUCUUGAGAUGCCCCCUAGUGACACUGAAAGGACAUCAUCUAUCUUGCUUGGGAAGCCAUUUUUGAAGACCUCCCGAUUUAAAUUCGAUGCUUUUUCGGGUACUUAUUCUUUUGAGAUUGAUGGAAGAGCUGUGAGCUUUAGUCUUGAUGAAGCCAUGAGGCAUCAACCAGAGGAUCACUCUAUUUUCUGGUGUGAUUUGAUUGAUAAUGUUGUGGCCGAAGUCCACCAUAAUGGCUUUGAUAAGAAGAGUAUAAUUCAUGGUCCAAGUGUGGGAAACUCCCAUCAAUGUGAAGAGGACACCUUGCCACCUCCAAUGUUACCGGAUGAUCAAGUGUCAAGUCAUGAACAAAGUGUAGAUUUGAAACCACUUCCACCCCACCUAAAAUAUGCCUAUCUUGAAGAAAAUCAAAAGCUCCUGAUUUUGAGUAUACUCCCCAUAUUUGGCUUGCCGUAG